AUGACCUGCUACCGAGGCUUCCUGCUGGGCGGCUGUCGGCGCGUGGCGGGCGGCCGGGCGGCGGCGCUGGGCGGCCCGGGCGCGGGAGGCCCCGGCGCGCGGCCGCGGCUCGGCGGGGACGGCGGCGGCCGGCGGCACCUGGCGCAGGGGCGGCCGCAGGCGCGCGAGCUGGCGGGCUGUGGCAGCCGCCCCGACGGCGGCUUCCGCCCGGCCCGGGUGGUCGUGGUGGCCAAAACCACCCGGUACGAGUUCGAGCAGCAGCGGUACCGUUACGCGGAGCUCUCGGAGGAGGACCUGAAGCAGCUGCUUGCCUUGAAAGGUUCUAGCUACAGUGGACUGCUUGAACGACAUCGUAUUCAUACCAAAAAUGUAGAGCAUAUUCUAGAUAGUUUACGGAAUGAGGGGAUUGAGUUUCGUCUAGUAAAGAGGAGAGAAUAUGAUGAAGAGACUGUUCGAUGGGCAGAUGCUGUCAUAGCUGCAGGAGGUGAUGGCACAAUGCUUCUAGCAGCAAGUAAAGUCUUGGACAGACUUAAACCAGUUAUUGGAGUAAACACUGAUCCAGAACGGUCUGAAGGUCAUUUAUGUCUUCCGGUUCGAUAUACACAUUCCUUCCCAGAAGCCUUACAGAAGUUCUAUCGUGGUGAGUUCAGAUGGUUAUGGAGACAGCGUAUCAGGUUAUACCUUGAAGGGACAGGCAUAAAUCCCGUUCCUGUGGACCUUCAUGAGCAGCAACUAAGUCUGAAUCAACAUAGUAGAGCCUUCAAUAUUGAAAGAGUCCAUGAUGAAAGGUCUGAGGCUUCAGGACCCCAGCUUUUGCCAGUGAGAGCCCUAAAUGAAGUCUUCAUUGGAGAAAGUCUAUCAUCCAGAAUGUCUUAUUCUUGGGCUGUAGCAGUGGACAAUUUAAGAAGAAGUAUACCCACUCUAAAGGGACUGGCUUCCUACUAUGAGAUUUCAGUUGAUGAUGGUCCGUGGGAAAAACAGAAGAGUUCAGGGCUCAAUUUGUGUACUGGAACAGGAUCAAAGGCCUGGUCAUUCAAUAUUAACAGGGUUGCAACUCAGGCUGUGGAAGAUGUUUUAAAUAUUGCAAAACGACAAGGAAAUUUAAAUCUUCCAUUAAACAGAGAAUUGGUAGAGAAAGUUACUAAUGAAUAUAAUGAAUCGCUGCUCUACAGUCCAGAAGAACCAAAAAUACUUUUUAGUAUUCGAGAACCAAUAGCAAACAGAGUUUUCUCAAGCAGUCGUCAGCGUUGUUUCACCUCAAAGGUUUGUGUUCGUUCUCGUUGUUGGGAUGCCUGUAUGGUUGUGGAUGGAGGAACAUCUUUCGAGUUUAAUGAUGGGGCAAUUGCUUCCAUGAUGAUCAAUAAAGAAGAUGAACUUCAAACUGUGCUUCUGGAACAGUGAAGGAUUUCCUCAGAUGAUAAGUUUAUUACUGAAUAGUAACUUCCACUGUGGAAACAAACUACAAGUCAUAAAGCUACUUAUUUUUGGUUAUUGUUGAGACUGGUUAGCCCUGGACUCAAAAGUGACCAAAAAAGCAAGAUUGUCAUUAUUCUUCUGUUGGAUCCUAAUGAAGAAUAUGUUCACUAUGUAAGAAAAUGGAUGGACUAAACUGAUUAGCAUUGAUACCAGUGAAAUUUUUGUAUUGUUUACAAUUGGUAUGCAAGAGUACUGAUAUCUUUAAAUUUAGAGGUAGGCUCAAAUAAAGGAUUAAAUGUUUAGGAAUUGAA